GCCACACCUUGAGGUGCAUAAUAUCAUUGCACCUCCGCUACUCAAAAGGGAUGCUAACAUUCUAGAAAGUGUCCAGAGACGAGCGACAAAAUGGGUGAUCGGCCUCCGCAACAAAUCAUAUGAGGAACGACUAAAGAAAUUAGGUCUUUUCACACUUAGUUACCGUAGGCACAGGGGAGACCUCAUCACCGUCUACCAGAUCUUAAAUGACCAGGCCCACCCAAAUAAAAGCAUCCUGCCAUUAAGUGAUUAUAGGCUUCCACGAGGUAACCCGCUAAGGAUAGCACACCAGAGACCAAAGACUCGAGUGCGAUCACAUUUCUUUUCGCUUCGUGUUUGCCGUCUCUGGAACGCUUUACCGGCGGCCGUGACUACAGCGCCAUCUCUGGAGAUUUUUAAGCGGAAGCUAGACAAUCAUGCAGAAAUGCAAGGUUUGUGUCUCAAUGGCUUAUCCUCAUAAAACUUAAAACCACACUGUCAAUGGAUAAGCGUACAAACUAAAUCCCCACGACCUAUUCUGCCUUCUCUCACUCUAUCUUUUCCUUAGGUCACCUUUAUUAUUCCACUUAUCUCAACCUAUAUUAUCUACACUACAACCUAUUAUUAUUAUUACUAUUCUGCUUUUAUGACUACACCGAAUGACCAACGGGAGUUAGGUCAAACUCCAUUCACGGCAGCAAUACAGUCCUAACAUACUGCAUACUACAAACCACAUCUUGACCAAUCCCCGCACCACUCCUCUUGGAGUCUACCAGAGCUAAAGCAGUCGAGUGGCGGGACUUACUACGCAGAAGCUCACCGAAGAUCUGGAACCUCUACCUCACAAUCAAGAAGCGAGCUCAAAGAAAUCACUGGUUUAUACUAGCUCGUAAUCAGGAUAUUGGAUAUUGGACAGGCGGCUUUUACAACAGCUGACGAAAUCGAUAAAUUCAAAAUAUUCUACAUUUUCGGGAAUAAAUAUUCUUAGUGAGGAAUUUGAUUCUGGCUAUGAAUAAUUUCGCUUCUUCCGCACUUUCGUGUGCUUUAAAAAGUUGGAGGAUUCCUGGACGCGUGUCUUUAAGUAGGCUUAUUAAAUAUUAAUAUCAUGAGUAGUUGUUGCUCGCUAUGGAAACAAUCCAAGAAAAGCAGAUGAUAGUUUAUUACUAUGCUGUUCCAAAGCUGAUACUCCCCGAGAAUGUCAUGCAGGGAUUCAAGAGUCAGAAGAAUGUCGAAGGAGCAAUAAGCCUCAAAAUCCAGGUGGACCUAUGGAAGGUGAAGGUAGUGGCCUAAAUCCUGGAAAUUCGGAUCAUUAUAGUACUACUUCUAAAGAACACAUUGGUGGGAUCGGAGGAGGUGGAGGAGGUUCUGGAAGUGGUCAUGGAUCUUUCAUAAAGUGUAGUAAAUGCGGUGGACCUUUAAAAGCGAUUGAGCCAACUACCUCAUAUAUAUCGCGUUUCAUGAAAUGUGAAGCCUGUCAACAACUCUAUACACUGAUCGAUAAAUCUGCACUUAAGUCAUUUAAUAAUGUUGAAGAGAAUCGACCUCCUCCACUACCUAUUCCUAAAGAGAUACAUUCAUACUUAGAUCGUCAUGUGAUUGGUCAAGAAAAAGCUAAACGAAUUCUCGCUGUCCAGGUGUAUGCCCAUUACAAUCGUAUACAGCAUAAUCGGUCAUUGACAGCAGCCUCAGAAUCUGGUUCAUUGAAUUCAGCGUUUUCUUCAGGUGUUGGUAUUAAUUCAGCAACAAAUGAUGCUACUAAACAUCCUGUUAACAAUCCUUUCGCUUCAGGAUAUACCCCGGCAUCACCAUCAGCUGGAGAACUUUCAGCGCCUUCACGUUCUCAAACACCAACUGAAAAUCUACGUCCACCUCCUGGUUACCUACCGAAUUCAGGUAAUGCUCAUAUAAAUAAUUAUCAAGAUGGUUCAAAUCAACCAUCUGUAACAGAGUUAUUUAAUUUGUUACGUAAUAGUUCAGCAAUCACAGCAAAAAAUGGUUCAACAACAAUUGGAGAUGGUUCAACAGGUUCACUAUCUUUCCCAUUCACUGUUGAUAAUCCAAAUGAAGGAAAUGAGGAGAGAGAGAAACAUCGUCGUGGUUCACGAAUUAUUACAGAUGAUUCAGAGCAAACAGUAAAAUUAGAAAAAAGUAAUAUUGUCAUGUUAGGACCAACAGGUUCAGGCAAAACAUUAUUAGCACAAACAUUAGCUCAAUGUUUAGACGUUCCAUUUGCUAUAUGUGAUUGUACAACAUUAACACAAGCAGGUUAUGUUGGUGAAGAUAUUGAAUCAGUAAUUGCAAAAUUAUUACAAGAUGCAAAUUUCAAUGUAGAACGUGCUCAACAAGGUAUUGUAUUUUUAGAUGAAGUUGAUAAAAUCAGUACUAAAGCUGGAUAUUUUCAUUCAAUACGUGAUGUUGGCGGUGAAGGUGUACAACAGGGUAUGCUAAAAUUAUUAGAAGGUUCAAUUGUCAAUGUACCAGAUGGUAAAAGUUCACGUAAAUUACGUGGGGAAACAGUUCAAGUGGAUACUACAAAUAUACUAUUUAUUGCUUCUGGUGCAUUUAAUGGAUUAGAUAAAAUCAUUGGUCGACGAAAACAUAAAAAGACUGUUGGAUUUGUUGAUAUGACCUCUAUGAAUCAGGGUACUCCAUCACCACCUCCUUCGUCUUCUUCUUCCUCUUCUCCUUUGAAUAAAUCUACCUCAUACAAUUCAAGCAGCUUAAGAACAACAACAACAACACACAUCACCAAAACCAACUGGUUUUGAGAAUUUAUUUCAGAAUCUAGAUAGUUCAGCUUAUGAAGAAAAUAUUGAACGUGAUUCUCUACUACAAGAAGUUGAAGCUCGUGAUCUUAUUGAUUAUGGUAUUAUACCAGAAUUUGUUGGUCGUUUUCCAAUUAUUACUGUAUUACAUUCAUUGGAUGAAGAAAUGCUUGUACGUAUCCUAACAGAACCACGUAAUGCUCUGUUAAAACAAUAUCAAUUACUAUUUAGUAUUGAUGGUUGUGAACUGAAAGUUACUCCAGAUGCUUUGAAAGCUAUUGCUGGAUUAGCCUUACGUCAACGAACAGGAGCUAGAGGUCUUCGUUCUAUCAUGGAAAGUCUUCUUCUUCAAGCACGUUAUGAUGUACCUGGAUCAGAUAUUUCAACUGUGAUUUUAACUGAAAGCGCUGUACAAGGUCAUUCCUCUCCUGAAUACUACAGAUCUGCAUCAUCUGCAUCAUCAUCAAGUGCCUCAUGAAUAAUGCAGCAUUUUUCGUCUUAUUUCUAUCACAUCAGUAGCAACAUCAAACCACAAAAACAAGUACUGAUACCUACCACCACUAUUAUCACCAUUAUUUAUUUUGUGUACUGGUAUCUGUUGUCAUGCUGUUGUGUCGUGUCGUGUUGUGUUGUUGUAGAUCGUCACAUUCUUUUGUCUUUUUUCUGCUUUGUUUUCUCUCUGUGAAUAAAAUUAGGUUUUGUGUUGCUUUUUGUUUAUCCUGGCUAGCUAUCGGAUUAAUUAUUCAUUAGUUGUUAGCGGUAUGCAUGUGAAAUGCGUAUGGUUAGCGACAACAAGAUAGAGAGAGAGAGAGUGUGUGUGACCGAGAGAUGCAGAGAGCCUUUCGAUGUGAAGUUUGUGAAUUAUUAUCCCUUCUCCCCUGUCUGUUUCUGUUUGUAGAAGAAUAACGUACACACACACGCACGCACACACACAUACAUGCCUAUAUAUAGAUACAUAUACUUAUAAACAUUUAUCUGCUCAAUUUUAUUGACUUAUUUUGUUUUCCCCUUUCAUCUUCAUUGUAUUUAUAUUGUUGUUUAAGUGGAACAAUUUUUGUUAAAAUAGGACAGGUUUUAGUGUAAAGAGAAGAAGGCGAGGUGGUUGACAGUUGUGGUGGUGGUGUAUUUUUUGUAUUUCCUUUCCUAUCCAUCCAUCUAUCUACAUUUUGACUUUCGUGUCUAUUAUAUGAUUUAUUGUCUUUAUUUUUGUGUAUUCCUUUUGAAAGUCGAUAGAUGGAGGACGGUGAUGAUGAUGAGCACUCACAGACAAACAAUAUACAGAAAUACUCUGGUGGUAAUGAUUCUUGUGUUAUACAUAUGCAUACAUAUACACUCACUUUGCCUACCUUGUUGCGCAAUCUGUGUUGUUAGUCAACCCACCUAUUAGGCGUAUGUUUAUUGUCGUAAACAGUUUUGUUUUUAAUUAUUUGUGUUAACGCUUCUAUUUAUUUCUCGUCUUCUUCGACGACUUCUUCUUCCCCCUUCUUCUUCAGUGUAAAUUACUGUUUAUUGUAUUGUCGAUGGUGGGAUGGAUACGUCGUGAUGUUUCCCUUGCCCUUUUCCAUCUCCACUCUGCUGUCGUAAAAAGGAAACAAGUUUAUCGUCUUUUACUUUGUUUUUGUUUUUUAAAUUUCCAUCUCCUCUCUCUCUCUCUAUGUUUUUUUCUGUUUUCAUCUUACUAGUCAUAAUAAUGAUUUAAUUUAAUUUACAUUUUAUUUUAUUAAAUCAUUGAGUUUUCUCCAU